AUGGCUUCAUCCUCCACCCAACCUGAUCCCACGACCCAACCCCCAGCCAGCAACGGCAUAAAUCAUGAGAACGCGGACCUGCCCAGUGAGAGCAACGACCACGGUAGCAAGGACCUGGUACAAGAUAUGGAUGUCACGAUGGAAGAACCCUCAGCCAGCAACGGCAUUAGCCACGAGAGUGCGGACCUACCCACCGAACAUAGCGAAGACCUGCCCAGCGAACACAGCACGGACGGAAGCAAGGACCUGUCACAAGAAAUGGACGCCACGGUGAAAAAAGUGAAAGACGCGCAGAAUAAAAUUCGCGAAAUCAAAGACGACGUAGCCGCGAUGAAAGAGUCUCUCGAGAACAUCUGGGAGGUCAUCGAUCGCAUGAAGGAGAUGGUGCUCACAAAGCCCGAUUCUCCGGAUGAGACCUCAACCUGA